AUGAAUGACCGAAUAUGCGGAAUUCUGUCAUCGUAUUUAAAACCGCUUCGCCUUUGGGGCAUGUCUGCUGUGAUCGUAGUUUUCAGCGUUUUCGGUCUACGUGGAACACUUACAAUCCUUCUAAUCCUCCUAGGAGCAUCUACUGGGUUCUAUCUAGCAUUUCGGCGGAUUGCCUCGCAGGCCUGUGAGAAAUAUCAAAAUGAAUUGUCGCAUACCAGGCUGCCGUUGCCUGAUUCAGGGCUUGGAUCGAUUCAGAAAAAUGCCCUGAGUUCAUCUUGUGCUGGAAAAACGGACAUCAGGAUGACUGGCUCCGCUGUGGUGGAUGAGCCAUUGCAUGACCUCAUUCAGUACAUUAUUCGUGAUUAUGUACAAAUUUGGUACAGUCCCAUAUCUGCGGAUGACGAAUUCCUGAAUUGUCUGCAUUCCUUGGCUCGUAAAGUUGCGGUUUCUGUCGCGAGUCGAGCGAAGGAAGUCGAUUGGGUGUCGCACAUGACCACGAAAUUCGUCGAAGACAUCAUCAACCAUCUACGGUUAUUUAAGGCAGCUCAGGCGCGACAAGAAGAACUGUUUCUGACGAUUCAAACUGCUCAUGAAGAAGUACCGUCGCUGGUUGAUUGCUUUUUCGAAAAAGAGUUCGCAUCCGAAAAGCGGUUGCUUUGCCGGGACAAAGUGUGCACUGAUCCAUCUUACGAGAAAAAAUACCUGCGAGAGCUGAGUGAUAUUCUUCUGUAUCUGCUGCUGCCCGAAGAGGACUUCAAGGUGAAAUCCCUUCGGUACGUUUUCCGAGAAUUGAUGAUCUCUGCUGUGAUGCUUCCGAUCAUCAAUCUUCUGAGUGAUCCAGAUUACAUUAAUCAAACGAUUGUGUGGAUGUGUAAGUCGGUGCCGAUCGACAGUGAUGCGUUUCUCACGGUCAUUCGUGGAUGUGAUGAUUGGGACGAAUUGGAAGCAGUGCAGGAAAAGGUGAAGGCUGAAAUAAGCGCUCUGAGGUCCAAAGAUUCGGGCGGAGAAAUGGACGAGGAAAUUAAAUGUAUGCUGAGCAGCCUUCUGUACGUGCAAAAGGUCCUUGAUGAACGAAUGGCAUGGAUAAAAGAUGGGAAGAAAACUAACGAUUCCUUGGGAAUAGAUUGGACGCGUUUGCCUGAAUGCGUGAGAUACAUGAACCUUCCCCUGGACGAUAUUUUAAACAAUAACGUGGCUAUUAACUGCUUCCUGGAAUUCCUUCACGCGAACGAAGCCCAGCAUUAUAUGUACCUUUAUCUGAGCACUGAUCGUUGGAGAUUAUCUGCGGAGGAAGCUGUUUCCGAACUUCUUCGAGCACCGAGUGAAGUAGCGAGUCCGAAAGAUCUGAAGAAAAUUCGCUUGGAGAAUUUGAGAGGACCUGCAUUACAGAUAUUUCAUCAGUAUUUAUCAGAACGAGCUGUCCAGCGAGUCAAACUCGACGAAAAGCUCAUCCACGCAUUGUAUCAAAAAGUCCAGUAUGACGAAGAACCGAACGAAACCUGGUUUGAUGGGGUUCAAGAAGCACUCCGUGAGAAAUUUCUGGAAGAUUCUUUUCUUCCAAGUUUCAAGAGAAGUGCGUUCUAUAUGAAGCUUCUUCUCGAAAUGGACUGGAUUCCAGAAAGCGUGGGGAAAAGUGAUGACGACGAUGUUCUACCUUUCGAAUUGAACCCCAGGAUGAGUGACGCUUCAAGCUCCGAAUUGGACAUGAUUUCAGUCGCAUAUGAUGCUUGUGAGGUUACGGGUUCCCGAGACUUCCAUGAAAGCACUUCUAGUCAAGGAAGCAACGACACCAGAUCAUUCGAAGCCGCGUCAACAUUCGCAAAGAAUAAUCGUUUUGCUGAUGACAACAGCAAAUUGUUCAUUGAGAUAAAGGAAACAAAAAUCGUGAAGGAGAUGCCGAAGUCAUUCGCCGUGUAUACUGUAUACGCAAAGAUCAUCACUGAGAGCAGUGGUAAACCGGAAUCAUCUCCUUCCUCUGGGCGGAAACCCGUUGGAACUGUAGAAUGGACCGUUGAGCGCCGUUAUUCCGAUUUCGACGAUUUCCACAAUAGUAUUCGAUACGCUUUCGAGGAUUUGGGAGAACUUCACUUCCCCGGAAAAAGAACAUUCAAUAACCUGCAGAGCAAUUUUUUGGAGGAGAGAAGAAUACAAUUGAACUUGUACUUGAAAACAUUGUCUUCCGUGGAGAUGUUGAAGAAGCACGCUGGACUGCGGGAACGGCUGUACCAGUUCCUGGGGAAAGGAAAUUACGUGCAGCGGACGAUGGUUGAAAGACGAGUCAUGGAUCCCUUGAAAUCGAUGAAGAACGUCCUGUUGACUGCACCAGAGACGUUGAAAGCGAAGUUGGACGAAAUGACGCAGUCAGGGGUCAAGUUGGGUCGUACAUCUACUAUGGAGUCAUCAUCUUUCGGUACUUCGACCUCAACGGGCGAAAGGAUUCGCUGGAAUCUAGAUCCGGUUUCCGACUACGAGAAAUUCGUAUUGGCGGAUCCAUGGGAUGGAGAAGAUCCGGUUCACAUGCGGAUCUUACUGGUGGUCCUGGAAGAAAUCUUCAGUGUGCGUGAUACUGCGUCCUGGCGAUUGAGACCGCGGCUGGUUUCUGCCCUGCGUCAUGUGAUACAAGCCAUGUUCGGAAACAUGUACAAUCGUCGUCUCCGGCAAUUUCUUCACCACGCUACGUCGUAUGAGCAAGUCGCGCUGUAUUUGCGCGCUCUUAGGAAUAACUUCUGGCCGAGCGGGUCAUUGGCGUUACCGAAUCCGCAGAGGGAGAAAACGACGAAGAAACGGACGGAAGUGGCCGCAAAAGCUUCGUUACUUUCUUUCAUCUCUGAUGAUCUCAAGAGCUUACUUGGCACGGAAACAACGCGUAAAGGCAUACUUCGGGUGUACGAUCUCUUCCAGUAUCCAACGUUGAACCGGCGGCUUGUCUACGUGUUGAUCGAAGGCAUCCUAGAAGUGGCGUUGCCAGCUAACAAUUUGGGACACUUUUUCGGCCAGAUGCACAAGAAGUCGGAACCGAAAGGGAACGGUUCUCGAGGAACCCACCGUCGAAUAGGUAGUCGCGAUAUAACGAAAAGUCCUACGAGCAGGACCGUCAAGCGGCCGACAGCUAGUAUGUGAUGAAUGCAUUCUCCGAAGAUUUGGAGAUUGCUUUGCAUUGAGCGUUUAUUCAAUUCAUCUGGUCCAGGGUUAUUCAAUGCUUGGUUUCCUUUAAAUACGGGUAUAAACAGCAAGAUAAAUUUACCAGUUUAUGCCAUCUUGUACCUGCUUGCCAAAAGUCUCAAUAUUCAAGUUGCUUCCUUUCAUCAUUGAGCGUGUGUGCUCCACUUUCGCUCGCUUUUUGAUUUAAUUUGACGCGAAUAUUUUUUCAAACAUUUUAUUUUGUCACCUGGAGCAUUUACAAUUGCUUGACGACUGCAUGAAAAAUGGGAAUGAAACGCAGCUUUAUUAUUGAAUA